CUUAGUUUUAGUUUUCAACAUUUGGCAUACAACAAAAAACCCAAAAAAAAAUUAGUUAGUUAGUUGGCAUGAAUGACGCUGCCGCUUAUUGUUACUUAGACUCGAGCGAAGGCCGCGAGCAGCAGCGUCAGUUGGAAAUCAAGCGUUUGUUAUAUUGGUCGCGUCGUUUGGUGUUGCUGCCCGAUGAGGUGCGUCAAUUGACAUUGGAGGAGCUGCAGCAACGCUUGAGCAUAAUGCAACAGACGCAGCAGCAACAGGAGGCACUGCAGGCGGACUUUAAGCGCUGGCAGCGGCUCAACGAUUUGCGUUUUCUCAUGUAUGAGGAGCAGCUGAAGUUCAAUCAAAAGUAUGGCGAACAGGCCUGGGGUGUGUCCAUUUGGCGCAUUUUGUCGCAGGCGCAGGAGGAGCUCGAGCUGAAGCUGCAGCUGGAUGAGCUGCGUGGCAGCGACUGCGCGCGUUAUCCUUCGCCCAUGAGCAUCAUGUCACGUGAGCAGGGCGGCGCCAGAUCCGAAGAGUCCAGCGUAGCGCCCGCGUCAGAAACUUUGGUGCAGCACUUUGAGUUUCACUCGGGUCGCAUGCCCAGCAGGCAUAAUCUCUAUGACAUUAAAGUGCCCAGACCGCGACCCAAGCGCAUCUUCGAUGAUCCCUCCUAUGUGCAUCCGCUGGUGCUCUAUUUCGAAGAGAAAUACAUUCUGGAGCAGAAGCAGAGCAAUGAAUCCUUUCAAAGCGCGCUCUCAGCGCCGCUUGAGCAACAAGACGACGACGAUUGGCUGGAAGAAGUAGAAGCCAAGCAAGAAUUUGCAGCCUGGUCGAAUUCGCUUUGAUGCGGAAGCUGUGGCAACAAAGAGCGUCUUGUGUGUGUCUGUGUGUGUGUUGCAUGCCACACAAAUUCCAUGUUGCUCAUUAACGCUUGCAAUGGCGCAGAACCCAUUAGCUCUUAAUUACCAUAAACACGACAAUUCCAAAAGCAAACGAGCAAGCGAGAAAAACGCCAAAUAAAUAGGGAGAAAAAA